AUGGCGUACUACUCGGGCGGCGGCAAGCUGUCGGCGGUGGACGCCAUCCUGGCGGAGGCGGCGGACCUGGUGGCGCUCGAGCAGAUCGCCAAGCUCAACACGGCCCACCUCGCCGACGACUCCGCGCUCCCGUCCAGCCUCGAGGUCCGCUUCCGCAAGCUCAAGUCCCUCCCCUCCGCCGCCGCACCGCCACCCGUCAGGACCCUCACCCGCAGCGUCACCGCGCCGGGCCCCGCCGCCGCUCUGCCCGGCCCCAACCCUCCCACUCCUGAUCCCGCUCCGCCUGAGCAUCCGCCGGCGGUCCACGAAGACCCGCCGCUGCCGCUGCCGCUGCCGGGAGACGCGGAGACGAAUGGCGGCGAGUCCUCGCCGCGGCAGGCUCGUGCUCCGGCCCCCGCACCCGCGGCCCACGACGACGCCGACGACGCCGAGGACCUGGAGCGGCUGUUUGGGUCGGCGCCGCGGGGGCGGCCGACGCUGCGGGAGCGGAACAGGGGGAGGGACUCCUCCUCCGCCUCCCCCUCGCCGCCGCCGCCGCGUCAGGCGUGCUGCUUCGGCUUCUCCCCCAAGAAGCCCUUAGAGAGGACGCCGUCGUCCAAGGGCAAGAAGAAGGUCCACCACAGGUCCGGCAACGGCGACGUUCUCGGCGUCGACUCCGGCGAGUGGGGCGACGAGAACAGGAGGAUGGCCACCGAGCUCAGGGAGCAGCAGCGCAGGCUCAGGAAGGCGCUGGAGGACCAGGUGCAGGUCAGCAAGGAGACCGCCAAGAUGGCUCGCUGGGUCAAGCAGGCGUCCGCGCGCAUGACGCAUGUCGAGGCCAUUGACGACCUGCUCAGUGAUUGCGAGGACGAUGAGGAGCUCAAAUGA